GGAAGGGCUUCUACACAGUUUCGUGGCUCUCUUCUACGCGGUGCUGUUUAUACGGACAGUUUGAGAAAAAAAACAGUGUCUUUUUAGAGGAUUAGCUUUCUUGUUAAUAUUGUUGUUAGAAGGUGGAAGGAGCGAGCGACAGGUUUCACCCUAUUGAUAAAAAGAGAUGCUGGUUGUAAGAUUUUUUCCUCCAGCCGUGAUCGUUGAUUAAUUCUAGACUUCAAUCAUCAUCAUCAACCUAGAACUAUACGCAAAUCGAACAGACGAGAUAGAUGUGAAUCAAGUCAUUCUUUCUAAGCAAAUCGAACAGACGAGAUAGAUCAUUCUUUCUAAACUCUGUCAUCCUAGUAUCGAACCGCGCAGACGUAAAUGCGAGAUUCGAAGUGAAUGAUGCGGUUUUGACCGCGCUUGAGAAUUCUCCUCUAGACGCUGGUCCCCCGAAGCGACAUUUUGCCGAUAUACGUUAUGCUUUGCUUUGGUAAUGUUUUGUUGACAACAAGAUCAACGCAAAAGAUUUUAGUCAACGCAAAAGAUUUUUUUCAACGCAAAAGACUUUUGUCAACGCAAAAGAUUUUAGUCAACGCAAAAGAUUUUUGUCAACGCAAAAGAUUUUCCACCGUUCAUGGUCACGAUAUGAACGACGUGCUGCAGUGGUUGUCCAGUAGUUUCCUUCCGCACGCCACUGCCUUGCCGCCACGAAGCAAAGACCUGGCGGUCCGUAGUAAAAAUCAAAUCAUCCCUCUCUACCAGUCCUCAGUGCCACAGAUACGGCUGUCGGUGAGACGAGCAAAACUCAAUGCGAACGGGAACGAAAGAACAAAAAAACUGUUUCCAUCAGUGUGGAGCUUUUUUGAUUAUGGCUGGAGAUCGAGACGUUGGACUCGGAUUUAUUCUUCGAAUCUUGUAAAUUAUUAGUUAUUAUUCUUAUUUUGUAAAUACUCGGAGUUAUCAUUCUUAUUUUGUAAAUACCUCCACGCUAAAAUGGUAAACUAUGAUGUCUACCUCUAACUUCCACUCGACAUCGACUCGGAAGACAAGGACACAAGUUCUAUCGAGAGUACAGCAACAAUCCAUAGCAGCUACGUCUACGAUGGUAUUCCCAGAAUAUCGGCUGCCGCUGAGAUGGCAAACGGAAUCAUUGGCAAAACGGUCCAGGGAACGCAAUACAUAAAUUGGCCAGACGUUGUAUGUUGACAAGAAAAUAAAGUCUGUAGUACUCACCCUCAACGGCGUGAAACUAGGCACGUUUAUGAAUUUUUUCCUAGGAAACAAGAACAGGUUCGUUAUAAUCUUUUCUUGACACCAGUACUACUAUGUGAAGAGUACACCUCCACUUUUUCCUCGUUUGUUCAUUGACAGUACUAUGUGAGUAAGUACACCACUUUUUCGUUUCAUAAGUUGUGCGUGGC